AAAUUAAAACACUCCAUUUUAUUGACAAUAAGUUUCAUACCCACAUCUGCUGGAUCUUCCAUUGCAUCCAUCACAAUGGCGGAGAUGUACACUGUGAAAGUGGAGGAGGCAAGGCCAGCAACUCAUGAAAAUCCAUCAGCAGGUCCUGUUUACAGAUGCAUUUAUGCAAAAGAUGGUCUCUUGGAGCUACCAGAAAAUUUACAAUCUCCAUGGGACUUUUUCAGAGACUCUGCGACAAGGUGCCCCAGCAACCCAAUGCUGGGUCGGCGUCAAAAAACCGAUUCAAAGGUGGGUGCAUAUGAAUGGGUCACGUAUAAGGAGGCUUAUGAUGCUGCAAUCCGAAUGGGUUCCGCCAUGAAUAGCUGUGGUGUCAAUCCUGGAGACCGUUGUGGCAUAUAUGGAUCCAACUGUCCUGAAUGGAUUAUUGCAAUGGAGGCUUGUAAUAGCUAUGGAGUAACAUAUGUCCCAUUAUAUGACACCCUCGGUCCUAAUGCUGUGGAGUUUAUCAUAAACCAUGCUGAAGUUUCAAUAGCAUUUGUACAGGAUAGCAAAAUUCCUUCUAUUUUGUCAUGUCUUGGUCGAUGUUCGAAUCUUAAAACUAUUGUGAGCUUUGGCAAUGUUUCAACCACCCAAAAGAAGGAAGCUGAGGAACUUGGUGCAUCCUGCUUCUCAUGGGGAGAGUUUCUUCAGUUGGGAAAUAUGGAUUCAGAUCUACCAUCAAAAAAGAGGACUGACAUCUGCACAAUCAUGUACACUAGUGGAACAACAGGUGAACCCAAAGGUGUUGUUAUUAAGAAUGAGGCUUUCAUGGCGGAAGUGUUGUCUGUUGAUCAAAUACUUUUCUUAACUGAUAAAGUGGCAACAGAAGACGAUGUGUACUUUUCUUUUCUUCCUCUUGCUCAUGUAUAUGACCAGAUAAUGGAGACCUAUUGCAUCUACAAGGGCUCCUCAAUUGGAUUUUGGCAAGGCGAUAUCAGAUUUUUAAUGGAAGAUAUUCAGACGUUGCAACCAACUUUGUUUUGUGGUGUUCCUAGAGUUUAUGAUCGUGUUUAUGCUGGCAUCAACAGCAAAAUUUCAUCUGGAGGAGCACUGCGAAAUGCAUUGUUUCAAUAUGCAUAUAACUUCAAGUUGGGAUAUCUAAAGAAGGGCCUUCCACAAGAUAAAGCAUCACCUCGGUUUGAUAGGCUUGUGUUUGAUAAGAUAAAACAAGCGUUAGGUGGACGAGUUCGUAUCCUGUUAUCAGGAGCUGCUCCUUUGCCUCCACACGUGGAGGAGUUUUUGAGGGUCACAUUUGGAUCUACUUUGGCACAAGGAUAUGGUCUUACAGAAAGUUGUGGAGGGUGUUUCACUGCAAUAAGCAAUGUGUUUUCUAUGAUGGGAACGGUUGGAGUCCCCAUGACGACCAUUGAGGCCCGGCUUGAAUCCGUGCCAGAGAUGGGAUAUGAUGCACUUUCCAGUCAGGCCCGUGGAGAAAUUUGCCUCAGAGGGAACACCUUGUUCUCUGGUUACCACAAGCGUCAAGAUCUUACUGAACAAGUCCUGGUUGAUGGUUGGUUUCAUACAGGUGACAUUGGAGAAUGGCAGCCUGAUGGAGCCAUGAAAAUUAUUGAUAGGAAAAAGAAUAUCUUCAAAUUGUCUCAAGGGGAAUAUGUUGCUGUGGAGAAUAUUGAAAACAAGUACCUGCAAUGCCCUCUUAUAGCAUCGAUUUGGGUCUAUGGAAACAGUUUUGAGUCUUUCUUGGUGGCAGUGGUGGUCCCUGAAAGAAUGGCUCUUGAGGAUUGGGCAGUGAAGCAUGAUGUAACUGAUGAUUUUAAAUCUUUAUGUGAAAAUCCAAAGGCAAGAAAGUACAUUUUGGAUGAGCUCAAUAGCACUGGUCAGAAACACCAACUUAGAGGUUUUGAGCUGCUAAAAGCAGUUCAUCUGGAACCAAUUCCCUUUGACAUGGAGAGAGAUCUAGUAACUCCAACAUUCAAAUUGAAGAGACCACAGUUGCACAAGCACUAUAAGGAUUAUAUUGAUAAACUAUACAAAGAAGUGAAGGGAAAGGUGGUGUGAGCCAGCCGGGGGGCAAGUGGGAAUUUUACAUGCAAUUAUCUGGAUUUCCUGGAGUUUCACAAUCCAUGUAGAUUUUUUGUACAAUGUGCUUCAUUAUGUAUGAGCAAAGUGAAAAGCUAUAAGCAAAAUUUGUACUACAUUGAAACAGCAACUGCAUCUUCCCAUAUCAUCCUUCUUAGAAAGAUUAUAAAAUAAUAGCAUGUUUGAAACGCUUUGUGUAAUAACUUUUGAAGGUUUAAUCAAUUCUGGGAGAAGCUCUUGUGAGUAA